ACACCACGUAAUUUCCAAAUAGCCAUCUGACGUCAACUGAGACUCGGUCAAUCAAGGAUGGAGGAAGAAGCUCGAAGGCUACUCGAAGAAGGAAUCAGUAAGAAAUUGAUAAGCCCCGGUAAAGGACAGCUUUCGACCUUCUCUGAUGGCACAAAGGUGGUCUUCCACUACCGCACCAGCCUGUGUGAUGGCACGGUAUUGGAUGACACAAAGACCAUGGGCUUCUGCAGCAAACCCAUGGAGCUCAUCCUGGGCAAGAAGUUCAAACUGGCUGUGUGGGAGAGAGUGCUGAUCACUAUGAGACAAGGAGAAAUUGCAGAAUUCACAUGUGACACCAAACACACAGCACUCUACCCGCUGGUGUCCCAGUCACUGAGGAACAUCAGCGUUGGAAAGGACCCCCUCGAAGGCCAGAGACAUUGCUGUGGCAUUGCACAAAUCCACUCCCACCACUCGCUAGGGCACAAGGAUCUGGACCACCUUCAGGCUAACCCACAGCCUCUUGUCUUCACUAUUGACCUUCUGGAGGUGCAUCCUCCAGGCUCGUUUCAGCUCGAUGUCUGGGCCAUGACGGACGAGGAGAAGCUGGCGUAUGUGCCUCACAUUCACGAGGAGGGCAACGCACUCUUCAAACAGGGUCGAAUAAAGGAGGCCACAGAGAAAUACUACAAUGGCAUCGCCUGCCUGAAAAAUCUACAGAUGAAGGAGCAUCCAGGAGAUAAGUCUUGGAUCAAGCUGGACCAUAUGAUCACACCUCUGCUCCUCAACUACUGCCAAUGCAAGUUACUACAAGGCCAGUACUAUGAAGUCAUUGAACACUGCUCAUCACUCACCUUCAAAUACGAGGAUAAUGUGAAGGCGUACUACAAGCGAGCAAAGGCCCACGCUGCAGUGUGGAAUGAGGCGGAGGCCCGAGCAGACUUUGCCAAAGUGUUGGAGCUGGACCCCUCUCUGGGACCCUCUGUAGCCAAGGAGCUGCGUGCCAUGGAGGAGCGCAUUCGCUCUAAGGAGAAGGAGGAAAAGGGUCGCUACAAAGGCCUGUUCAACUAUAAUACACGACCACCGACCGCCACCACAGGUUGAGAAGCUCUGAAGAAGAAAUGAGACAAUACCUGUGAAUUUCAAGGAGACGACGCAGUAGGACACGCAAUGCAGGUGUUUCAGUUUUAUCCACACACCCAAGACAAACUUUAUUCUGUGUCAUGCUGUCCUCCACACCGGAACACAGACAUUUUCCACAUGCAAUGCUCCAAAGGUGGAGUGUGUAACUCUGCAUAGUUCCUCCUUAAAAGUCAGUGCUUUGUUUGGCUAUCAUUAAUAGCCUGAAAUUUGUCUCACCGUCAAGUAAUUCAAAAUCGUCAUUUAAUCUUUAAGUUUUAAUUGUGUAUGUACUCCCUCACUGCUGUGUAAGUAACUGCCACACAAGUAGAUUAAGCAUUUAUAGUCCUCGUAUUGACACAGAGCUUUUAUAAUACACCUAUAAUCGCGGCUAAACUGGUAAUUUUAUCCAAGAAAAAAAUGAUCUCACAGACACCGCUGUACAUUGUGCCACCAGACCUCAUUGGUAGCGAGAUAAACGACGGACCUCUCACUCCUGGCUUAUUGGCUCAACAGAUGGACCUGGUUCUGAGAAUCGGGACAUAACACACUUUAGUUACUUUAUUGUGUACUCGUAAAUGCUCUCAUUAUAGCCGGGUAUUUAUUUACCUAAACUGCAAAGAUGAUGGAGCUUUGGAAUUGGAAGCAGGCAAUAAUUAUAAAAAUAUAUUAGCUAUCACAACUUAAUUUUGUAACUUUAAUAAUUUGGAGUGCAUGAGAAAGUGGAAAGGAAACUGUUGCUCUUUUUGACCACAUCAGUCAUUUAUUAACAUGUAUAUUGUACAACACAGCAGCAACAGAACCAAUGUUCUAAUAGCAGUAAGGGGAAAACUGUUCAGCCAGCAUGGAUACCACUGAUGAGUUCAUUGUAAACAGUAUGGCAAGUGUAACACACAAGUUUCACACCAACAGCUGAGUAGCGCGACCAACAUUUCAAAGCGCAUGCAGAGGUAGAUAAAUCUGCUGGAGGCUGAACACUUGUGAUACUUAAAAAGCCACUACUGCCAUUUUGUUGAUUUUAUAUAUAAAAAAAAAAAUCAACAGGAUGUUGCCUACAGCCAUAGCUGUUAAUAUUUUUCGACCCGGUCCUUAUUUACUUUUUUAAGACUACACUCCCAAUGACGAUAGGAGAGGCAUUAAUUGGGGCAUUUACAGAAUUCUUAUUUCAUGUGUAAGAAAACUUAUUUUUUUCUGUGCAGCUGCAAGUCAGCCUCACUGUCUCUGCAAAAAAAUGUAUUCACCAUGUAGGGCCUGAAUCAAGUCUAUUGUCCCACAGGAGUCAAUUGUGUAAUACAAAUAAAUGUGUUUAUCCCUGC